UGUACCAAACUGGCGGUGAGUUCAAAAAUAAUUACCAAACUUUCGCGGCACGACGAGAUAAAAACAUGAAUAAAAUGAAUGAAUGAGGUUUAAAUGAUUAAGUGAAGUACAGAGUGUGUUAAUGAAUGAUGAUGAGGAGAAGAAGCAGCAGUAAUAAAGCUUCAGGCAGGCGGAGGAGCAGAACUCUGAGUUUUGAUGAGUUUGGAUUUGCCGUCACCAAGAGAAGAGAGAGAAAACUACAGCACAGGUGUCAUGAUUACAGCUACCCUCAGCCCAAUGCUGUUAAAGUCAAAGAACUGUGUGAACUGCUCAGCUACUGGAAUGGGUCCAGUUUUAUUUGCAGAAGUCAGAUUGAGCGCUUUAUGCGUAUUGGAAUCCCCCCAGCAGUGCGUGGGCGAGUAUGGAAGUGCCUGCUGGAUAUUGAUAAAGUCAGAGUGGCAAGUGACUUUAACUACCAGGAGUGUCUGAGGGAGAUCAGGAAGCCUCUGGUGGAUCUCAGUGUGAGUGAAUACAGCGUCAUAUCAGCCAUCAGUACACUGGGGGAAAGAGAGAACGAGCUGGGUUCAGCUGGUACUGGAUCACUCAGUGGGGACGCUGCUCUCUUCAGACAGAUCGCUCUGGAUCUGCAGAGAUCUUUUCCAACACAUCGCUCACUAAUGGGAGACAGUCCUGAAGCCAUUGAGGGCCAGGCCAAGCUUUUCAGAGUACUCACUGCCUAUGCCAAGUAUAACCCUCAUAUUGGGUACUGCCAAGGGAUGUCCUACAUUGCUGCAGUGUUGCUGAUGCUCCUGGGUGAGGAGGAAGCUUUUUGGGCUUUGGUGGUUCUUCUUGAAAAACCCAAGUACUUGUCUGAGUUGUUUGACUCCUCACUUAAAAAGUAA